AUGUUAUGUCUCAGUUUGCUCGCCUUCUGGGCGACGAACUCGUAUGGUGUAGCUAUUGUUAUUCCCGCUUUCAACAGCUCGACCACCGCUACGAGGACUGUCAGUGUGCCAUCAACCAUUACUACAGGACCGGCCACAACCAACCCAGUCGCCAUCAACACAUGCUCGUACUACAAUAAAACCGAGUCGCGGACACUAUGGGACAAUCCAUGGUGCAGCAUGUAUGCUGGAACGGUUGACUUGGUCUACUGGCCUACCAACGACAACUACUCAUACCCAUCAACUUUCUACGACGACAAAAUUGAUUACACAUAUUCGUCGCCGUCGGUGUACAUGGUUGUCAACACGUUAUAUGGCUGGAAUCCUUGCGGCUUGUUGGGGCCUUCGACCAGCAGAGAGGUCUUCGCCUUUGACCUGACUGAGGUGUCCACGCUUGUUCCAUACACUCAAUCGACGGCGACCACCCGACGAGGUACUAGACAGCUCUACCUUAGCGAUUUGGGCACACACUGCACGGGCUCGUACAAUCAGACGGAACUUGCGACGCAACUACACCCAAUGAAAGACGACGAUACCCGGUGCAACCCCUUCCUGGUCGUUCCUGCAGCUGUCAAGAGAUAUGGACACCCGUACUGGCUUCACUGCAACGUCGCGAACAACAAGUUUGCCGCCCACUCUGCGUCCACCAAGGCGACGGCUCCUAGUGGACCGGAGAACACUGAGCCUGCUGCUACCACCACCGACCUAGACAAUACCGGUUCCAGUGAUGCCACCCCACAGAAGACCGACUCUGCUACUGCCGAUCCAGAGAGCACCAUUGCCAAUGAUGCCAGCACCUCGGCCGGUGGAGAUACUGUUGUUGCCAAGCCAGGAAAUACCGAAACUGCUGCAGCCAACCCCAGCGAUUUCACAGAUGCGCCAGUAGAUGAUGGGAACCCUCAGCCAGCUGCUGCUACCAACAUAGCGCACGAAACCGUGACGGGAGUGGAGGCCCAGUUUGACACGGCCGCCUACUCCGAUGGCGUUGUGUCGACAGCCUCGGAGCAGGUGGUCAGUCUCGGAGCAGACGGUCUUAAGGUCGUGGACCCCGACACCGGAAAAUCCUCUACCUACGGUAGCACGGUGCCUACUACUAAAGUCGUCUACGGCGGUCAAACGUUGACUCUGGGAGGCCCGGCUGUAACGGUUACCAAUGUCGUCGUCGUAUCUCCUGGUCCCGCGAACCUAGCCAGCGCUACUGACGCUGCAGGCUCGGGCCCCAACACGCCCAUUGCAACCCCUUCUACGGUGCCGGACUCGUCAGCGAACAGGAUUUAUGGAGGCGUUGUUGGGCUGCUUCUGGCCCUCAUGACUUCUAUCUGGGUGUAG